UAACUAUGGGUUAUUAAUCACAAACAGUCCAGGAAGAGAGUCCAUGUUUUGUUGUUCAGUUGUGAAUUCUAGGUUGUUUGUGGUUAACAACUCAUAGUUAAACCAUAGUUUACAAGUAUUGACAACCCACAGUUCAACAACAACCGAUAUUCAACCCAUACUCUUGGCUGUUGUUACAUGCAAACCAGGCCAUUGUUUACCUGUGGGAGCGAAUGCACAGGUGAACUCUGACUGCUGUGUUCUCAACUGUCAUGGGACGCUUCCUAGUUUUUUGAGAAAUUGGUUGUUUAGGUGUGCAUGAUUUUAAGGAUUCAGUGCUUUUUCUUUUAUAUAUUUAAAACAUUUAUGUACCUCCUUUCACUAUACCACAAUUCACGGUGGUGUUGAACUUCACUGGGUGUUUUAUUGGGGUGUUUAUUAUGAAAGAAGAUAAGCAGCACAUUCUGUAAAUGUGCAUCAGUGAUGUAGAUGUUUUGUAAAGGAUGGGAACAGGUGAUAGCUUUGCCUGCGGGUGAAUUUUAUUAUUUACUUCCAUGUCCCUGGAGUUCUGCAAUUUGGACCCUGAGUUCUCAGAAGGGAACUUACUAGAAUUCACCAGUAACCUUUCCUAACACAUUCAUGCAACAAAAAGACUGCAUAGAGGAGCAUUUUGUUAUCCUUUGACUUGAGUGCAAAAAAUACAUUGAGAAACAUGACAUUUUAGGGGACAAUGAUAAAUAUACAAAUGAGAAUAUCGUAAUUUCCAGUACAGAGCUUGAAGACAAAAUUGGAAGACCAGGGGAGAAGGGAAACAUGUAUUCAGAAGAGCAAGAAAAUCUCAAGAUCAAAAACUAGUUGGAAUUUCUACCAACUAUUAAAUUGCCUUUAACAGUGUACUGAUUCCAAGGACAUUUGGACACCAUGACAGUUACUCUAGUAUGCGAUCCCUCAGAAGCUAUGGAGCUCUGUGCUUCUCAGCAACUCUAUCUUAAGCCAGUAGCGAAAUUGGCAAUCAGUGUGGUGCUUCCAGAACACACCGGACCUACUCGGGCGUUCUCUAAGUGGGAAGUGAUGGACAAGCUGAAGAAUAUGAUUUGUCCAGACCAGUUCACCAGUGUUAGGGUUUCAAAGAGCCCUAAGGGUUUCAUUCGGUUUGAGGGAGAGGCAGAAACCAAGCGUUUGGUCUGUAGCCUUAAGGAGAAGCUCCAUGGCAAGACGAUAAAACUGAAUGGUUUUAAAGAUGACUUGCAAGUGGUGGCUACAGAGGUGCUCCCUGAUUCCCCAACUCCUCCAGAGUUGGAUCCCGAUAGAGAAGGGCUGCUGGAGGCCGACUUUGCUGAGCAAAGCGAGGACGUUCCUGACUGCAUCCGUUUGGAAGGAUUGCCAUGCAAAUGGUUUGCACUAAAAGGCUCAGAUAGUGAAACACCAAGUGAAGAAGUCCUGAGGGCAGUAUUUGGAAGUUUUGGGAAGAUCAAGAACAUAGAUAUCCCCAUGCUUGAUCCGUACAGGGAAGAAAUGGUGGGAGGAAGCAUGAAUAAUUUCACUUUCCGUGGCCUGCGGACAUUUGAAGCUUUUGUCCAGUACCAAGAGUCCACGUCUUUUUCAAAAGCUAUGGAGACACUUAAGGGAAUGAAGCUUAUGUUUAAAGGGGAUGAUGGAAAAGCUCUUGCGUGUAACAUCAAGGUGACGCCUGAUACUACUAGUCAUUUCAGUGAGAGUGCUAUAAACCAGAGAAACCUGGAAAGAUUAACACUGCAAGGGCUAGAGCGAGAGAGAAAGAGGGAGGAAAGCAGAGGGAAAAAAGGGACGGAAAGAAAAAGACGUGAUGAUGAUGAAAAAAAGGUUGGAGAAGGAAAGAGGAAGUCUAAGAUCAAGAGACGGGGGAAAAGACAGAUAGAUCGAGAUGAAAAACACCCAAGAAAGCAACGGAAGGUAACCGCUGGAGAAGAGCUUUGGCCAGAGAAUAUGCCUGAAUGGGAAGAAAGGAAAUACCUUCUAGCUCAGAGAAGAGUGGAAUCUAUCAGGCUGCUAACAGUGCUGCUAAGCCAAAUAAAAAGUUUUGUGCUGUCAUCUGGGCAAACAGGGGAGCCUGUGCCGGAGCUUGAGAAUGGAGGGGAGGACGGCUUCACCACACCUCAGCUGCAGACUGUGCUAAAGGAGAAGGCAGGCACUCGCUCCCUUGGGCCCCGAGAGCUGAAGGCCGUGGGAGAGGCCGAGGGUCAGUCGGUCCAGUUGGAGGACACCCACAUUUGGGAAGGGGAGGAGGAGCGGUACACCGCGACUGAAUUACCUGCGCCACCAAGUCCCUCUGCGAGGACGGUUUUGAGUGAGCCAGUUGCUAGAGCAAUCACCAGUCACUUAACGGAGAAGGGUGCGGACUGCUACCGUGCCUGUGGCUUGCUACAGGUCACGGUCACGCAAGACUGCAAAGUCUUAAAGUUGCCUGACAGAGGGGAUUCUCCCAGGCUGAACCUGGGAUGUUUCUCAAAAGCCUCAAGCACAACCAGCUGCAAGAAGCAAAAAGUUUAUGAAACGGAGGAAUUCAUCCACUAUUUACUCAACUACUACCAGACCCCAAGAUACGCACGAAUCUGCCCAGGGGCACAGAACUCCGAGGAUACGUCUUGGUGGCAGAGGGUGGUGUCCCGUCGUGGGAAUGGCUUCCAGGUCAGCCUAAGGAAUAAAAUUGGGCAGCGCCUGACGGAAGUGAGCAUGGUACCAAGCCUCCACGAGAGAGACUGUGAUGAUUAUGAAUGGGAAGCCAUAGAUGAGGGACCUGAGCCUACAGAAGUCAUGCCAGAGAGCCAGGCGGGCACUGGAGGGUUUGCCCAAAACUACCAGGUGAAGUGGGAUGAUUCACUGGACAAGGCCAGUGCUAGAACGCCACAUGAUGAACUGGGUAGCCCUGUUCUAGUAAGCACCGGUACUGCUUGUGAUAAAAAAUCCGACAAAGAGGAUACUGGCAUGGCAGUUGUGUCAUCACACAAGCCACUUGGCCGCAUGUAUAAGUUGAAGGAUUUACUGGAAGAGAUCAGCAGCGAUUCAGAGUACUUUAGUGAGGCAUUCAACGAGUCACGGAGCAAAACAGAGAGAAGAAACGGCGGCUGUAGAAGCAGCUGCAAGGCCUGGCCUCUCAGCCAGCAAAGGGCAAGGGAUCUAUUGAUUUGUGUCCAAAACGUUGCCUGUGGAGGGAAAGGCGGUGAAGGCAACAAACGCAGCUUCUGCUCAAACGCCGAGUGCCGGGACACAACGAAGUGCCCCAGGCAAAGGCUCAAGGCGACGUUCAAGAGAUCCAGCAGUAAAGUAAAACAGGAUGGACAAAAAGCCAAAUGGCCAUCCAGUGAAGAGGAGAGAGAAGCCGGCAAGAAGAAGAAGAAAAAGAAGAAGGAAAGGCCCUCCUGGAGCUCUCUGCCGGACGACAGACCUCACUCCCUGAAAACAAGCUCUUGUGGAGAGCUGGAGUCCCUCGGCAAGGUGCGGAGGAAGUGUGGCAAGAUGUUCCACCACCAUCACCACCAGAUGAAAUGCAAAACGCUUCAUGCUGUGGGAGGAGCCAUGAAAGUGAAAGACGUCCUCCAUUUGAGUGCCUCUCAGCUUCACGGAGCUCACCAAGAGGCAGGGGGCUUGCUAUUAAGAAGAGAGGUGGGAGCGGAUUCCAAAGGAUGGGCUUUGUUUCCUGUUGAAAUAAUUCAGACAAGUCCGUACCCAGAGUCUGUCUGUGGAGCAGAGCUUGGAAGAGGAUGCUAAUUCCACCGAUACUGGAGGAGGAUGGGGAACUUGGAACUACUAUUCACGGAGGAAGCUCAAAAUAGGCCCUUUUAUACGACUCUUUCAAGAACUUCACUGUAAAACAAGAUCUUUGGUGAUACAGGCGGGUUUGUUUGUUUGUUUUGCUUAGGUUCCUCUGCAUGCUGGGUGAGAGAGAACAGUGGGUUAAAAAAGAAAAAAUAGUGGCAGAAGUCAGUUGGUGGAUUUGACAUCUAUACAAAUAGGAACCCUCACCCCCAAAAUCUCAAAGAUUAAAACGUUACCGAAAUGCAUGAUUUAAGGCAGGUUGAAUGGACUAUUCGAGGUUUGAGCCGAGUAAGCAGAAUGGUCCCUGCUGAGCUACAGAAUGUGAAUUCUGCUCUCUAGUAACUGUACGCCUAAACUACUCAUAUAUCAGUUGAAUAAAUCUUUUAACUUACAAGAUUCGAAGAGGAAGUGCCUCCUCACUGAUGCUAGAAAGCGGAUGGAUGUGAGACUUUCGUGAGGCUGUUCAUGAUUUACUGCAGACUUUUGAAAAGACAAAAGCAUCCGCCAGCCUCAUGGGAUCCAGGGUUGGGCAUCGCAAGGCUUGGCCCGUAGGCCGUUUGCCUGUCCAGACCUUUUCUUGGCAGACCCCGUUUCAGGCAGACUGGAAGUGUCGAGGCAGACCGGCCUUUCCCCAACCCGGUGCCCUCCCAAAGUGCUGGACUGGGACUCCCUCGAUUCCCAGUCCCCAUUGGCCUGCCUGGGACCUACGAGAGUUACAGUCUAACAUGUCAAGGGGGCACUGGGUUGGGGAAGUGCGGCGUAAACCAACAGGCCCCAUAUUUCCAGACCUUCUGUUCUCUUGUUGUACUGGCCACGUCUGCUGCCCCUGCUCGCCCAAUCGAAGGCAAAACUACAAAGUGAAAGCAGUCACCGGGGGCUCAGGCGGUCAUCAGACUGGCUGUGUUGGGAGGAGCCAGGUGGUGGUGGCUAUCCCUUUUCUUCCCCUCCCCCCAUGUCACUUUCCCUGUCUUAGUACUCCAGUGCCUUUAUUUGCCCCACUGUGGCAGAAAAAACGCCAGGAUUUUUUUUCCUGCUGCGGGGAUAACAGCAGCUUUGGGGAGGGGUCUUUAGGGAGGAAAGGGUCUAACCCUUGGCCCCAUCCUGCCCCAGGCCCAACAUCGCCAUUCCAAUCAAAUUGCGAAGGUCCUGUAGGUGCUCUAAAGAGUUCUGGGACUUCGUGUUUUUGUUUUGUAAAGAAUGAGGCUGUGGGUCUUCUGCAUAAUAUAUAGUUUGGCCCUGAUUAGAAUAGGUGAUGUUUGCUGCUGAAAUGGGCAGAGCUAAGCUAGAAUCACAGUGACAGACAGACCUUCCAGCUCUUACAUUGUAAGAAUCCUGAAAGCCACCUGGUCCUCCCCAAAAUUGCAUUUCCCGUGCUUCAUUGGUGCUCAGACAUCAGAGAACUGAAUUACUCCUCCGUUCUUUACUUUU